AUGUUGGACGGUACUUCCCAGGUGUUUAUGGGAGACUCCCAGUCGGGAAUCUCACAAUCGCACCUCGUAUCGGCCUUUGAUCGCCAACAGCAUUCUUUCUGCGGCGAUCCGGAGGGAUGGGGCCCGUUAAGCUCAACGGGAUUCCAUCUCACCCCAUGCUUUCUAGACGCCUUGGUGGCUGGCGUCGCCGUCUGGGGAACCCUCGGCGGUGCUGGUGCUCUGUGGCUGCUACUGAAGAAGCGUAUUCCGCAGCCAGUCUCGAAGAAUUGGCAUUUCUACAUCAAGCUGGUGGUCCUUGCCUCCCUGAUACUGGUGACUGCUCUCCAAGCAGCCAUCCAAGCCGAAACAAAACCAAAGAACUUCUGGGCUGACUUCCGUUUCUGGUCCUCACUUUUGAGCCUUGCUUCCCUCGGCGUGAUUUACGCCGUGCAAUAUUUCGAACAUUGGCGAAGUCGCCAACCGAAUGGCGUUGUAUUAUUCUACUGGCUUUUCUUCAUUAUCGUGCAUGGCAUCAAGCUGCAAUCCCUUGUCUCACGGAAGGAGUACUUGACUAGUCUCCCAUACUUCGUUUGUAUUAACGUCACUCUCGGACUGGCUCUGGUCGAAUUUGUACUGGAAUACCUGGUCCCUAAGAAGCAGAGUGAUUAUGAUGCGCUGGGUGACGAGGACGAAUGCCCUUAUAACUAUGCAGAUAUCUUCUCAAUCCUUACCUUCGGAUGGAUGACCCCAUUGAUGAAGUUUGGAUACAACAACUAUUUAACUCAAGAUGAUUUGUGGAAUCUUCGACGCCGCGAUACCACUCGUGCUACUCUUGACGAUCUGAGUGCCGCCUGGGAUGUGGAGCUUGAGAAGAAGAAGCCUUCUCUGUGGAUUGCCCUCUUCAAGGCAUUCGGCGGUCCUUAUAUGCGUGGCGCAGUCAUCAAGACGGGCAGUGAUAUGCUCGCCUUUGUACAGCCACAGCUGCUGCGUUACCUGAUCGCUUUCAUUGACUCAUAUAGAGGUCCUGAACCUGAGCCAGUCAUUCGUGGUAUCGCCAUUGCGUUGGCGAUGUUCUUUGUCUCGGUAUGCCAGACAAGCUUACUGCACCAGUACUUCCAGCGAGCCUUUGAUAGUGGCAUGCGUGUUAAGUCAUCCCUGACUGCUCUCAUCUACGGCAAGGCUCUGCGACUGUCCAGCGAGGGCCGCGCCUCCAAGACUACUGGUGAUAUUGUCAAUCACAUGGCUGUUGAUCAACAGCGUCUUUCGGACUUGACUCAGUUUGGUACUCAAUUAAUAUCUGCUCCUUUCCAAAUCACUCUGUGCAUGGUCUCGCUCUACCAGCUUGUUGGACCUAGCAUGUUUGCUGGUAUUGGUGUCAUGAUUCUUAUGAUCCCGCUCAAUGGAGUUAUUGCGCGAAUGAUGAAGAAAUUGCAGAUCGUUCAGAUGAAGAAUAAGGACUCGAGAACUCGCCUGAUGACUGAGAUUCUCAACAACAUUAAGAGUAUCAAGUUGUAUGCCUGGAAUACGGCUUUCAUGAACAAACUCAGUCACAUCCGAAAUGACCUGGAACUCAACACUCUUCGUAAGAUUGGUGCUACUCAAUCCGUGGCCAACUUUACAUGGCAAUCGACUCCUUUCCUUGUGUCAUGCUCCACAUUUACUGUGUUUGUGCUGACCAGCAACCGGCCUUUGACCACCGAGAUCGUUUUCCCUGCCUUGACCCUCUUCAAUCUGCUUACCUUCCCGCUCUCCAUUUUGCCUAUGGUCAUUACCUCGAUCAUCGAAUCUGCCGUUGCUGUAAACCGAUUGACAGAGUAUUUCACUGCCGAGGAGCUCCAAACUGAGGCUGUUAUCGUGCAAGACACCGUGGAACACGUCGGCGAUGAAGCGGUUCGAGUUCGCGACGCUUCUUUCACCUGGAACCGACACUCUGGCAUUAAUGUCCUGGAAAAUGUCGACUUGAGUGCGCGCAAGGGUGAACUGAGCUGCAUUGUUGGUCGUGUAGGUGCCGGAAAAUCCUCUCUGCUCCAAUCCAUCCUAGGAGAGCUGUGGAAGUGCAAUGGUGAGGUGGUUGUACGAGGUCGUGUCGCCUAUGUUGCACAGGCCCCCUGGGUCAUGAAUGCAAGUGUUCGCGAGAACAUUGUUUUUGGACACCGAUGGGAUCCUGAUUUCUACGAUCUCACUGUGGAGGCUUGUGCUCUACUUGAUGAUUUCAAGAACUUGCCCGAUGGAGAUCAGACUGAAGUUGGAGAACGUGGAAUUUCCCUCUCAGGUGGACAGAAGGCUCGUGUCACUCUCGCUCGUGCUGUGUAUGCCCGCGCAGAUAUCUAUCUUCUGGACGAUGUUCUCUCAGCAGUUGACCAGCACGUUGGCCGCCACAUCAUCAACAAGGUUCUUGGUGCUUCUGGACUUCUGAGCACCAAGACCAGAAUCCUUGCCACUAACGCUAUCACUGUGCUCAAGGAGGCCGAUUACAUCGGCCUGCUUCGUGACAAGACCAUCAUUGAGUCAGGCACAUACCAGCAGCUCAUGGCAAUGAAGGGUGAAAUCUCAAGUCUGGUCACUAACAACUUGGCGGAGUCGGACGAAGAGCGCUCUCCCAUCGCGUCUGACGACGAAUUGGCAAGCCGCCCGAGCUCCGAGAACACCGCUAAGAGGAUGAUGACUCGGACAGCGAGGGAAAUGGAACAACCCGGCUCUCUUGUCCCCAUCAAGCGGACUAGCGGUCCGGGCCGAAAGACUAGCUAUGCUACUCUGCGCCGAGCUAGUACUGCGACAUGGCAAGGACCCAGACGCAAACUGGCCGACGAGGAAAAUGUUCUCAAGAGCAAGCAAUCACAAGAAGUCGCCCAACAGGGUAAAGUCAAGUGGGGUGUCUAUGGCGAGUAUGCCAAGAACAGCAACAUUGUGGCCGUCACUUUCUACCUGCUCGCUCUCUUGUCUGCUCAAACUGCUCAAGUACUUGGCAACUUCUGGCUGAAAAGCUGGACUGAAGUCAACGAGAAACAUGGCGGCAACCAGAAGGUGGGCCUUUUUAUCGGAGUUUACCUCGCAUUCGGCUUAGGAUCAUCGCUUUUGGUCAUUGUCCAGAACUUGAUCCUGUGGAUCUUCUGCUCCAUCGAGGCCUCUCGCAAGCUGCACGAGCGCAUGGCCUUUGCCAUCUUCCGCUCGCCUAUGAGCUUCUUCGAGACUACUCCAUCUGGUCGUAUCCUCAACAGAUUCUCUAGUGACAUUUACCGUGUCGAUGAGGUUCUUGCCCGUACCUUCAAUAUGCUCUUCGCCAACUCAGCCCGUGCAGUUUUCACCAUGAUCGUCAUCGCAAGCUCAACCCCUGCUUUCUUGUUACUGGUCCUUCCUCUCAGCUAUGUUUACCUCAGCUACCAGAAGUACUACUUGAGGACCUCUCGUGAAUUGAAGCGUCUGGACAGUGUCACUCGCAGCCCGAUUUUCGCUCACUUCCAAGAAUCCCUGGGUGGUAUCACAACCAUUCGCGCGUACCGACAGGAGAACCGAUUUGCUCUGGAGAACGAAUGGCGAAUGGACGCCAACCUGCGGGCUUACUUCCCGUCUAUCAGUGCUAACCGCUGGCUCGCAGUUCGUCUGGAGUUCAUUGGGUCGAUCAUCAUUCUGUCCUCCGCCGGAUUGGCUAUCGUAUCAGUUUCCACCGGCAGUGGUCUUUCAGCGGGUAUGGUCGGUUUGGCCAUGUCUUAUGCUCUUCAGAUCACCCAGUCCCUGAACUGGAUCGUGCGACAGACCGUAGAGGUUGAGACCAACAUCGUCUCUGUUGAGCGUGUCCUGGAGUACGCAAACCUGCCUAGCGAAGCGCCUGAUGUGAUGUUCAAGAGUCGACCUUCCAUCGGCUGGCCUGCCCAAGGUGCUGUCUCCUUCAAGGAUUACAGCACCCGCUAUCGCCCUGGUCUUGACUUGGUGCUCAAGAACAUCAACCUUGAUAUCAAGCCUCAUGAGAAGAUUGGUGUCGUCGGUCGCACCGGCGCUGGAAAGAGUUCAUUGACAUUGGCUCUGUUCCGAAUCAUCGAGCCGACCAAUGGUGACAUCAGUAUUGAUGGCUUGGAUGUGUCCAAAAUUGGAUUGUCUGACCUUCGUGGUCGUCUUGCUAUUAUUCCUCAGGACCCUGCUAUGUUUGAGGGUACCCUACGUGAUAACUUGGACCCUCGACAUGUUCAUGACGACACUGCACUCUGGAGUGCUAUCGAACAUGCUAGGUUGAAGGAACAGGUUUCCCAAAUGGAAGGCCAGCUGGAUGCGCAAAUCCAGGAAGGAGGAUCCAACUUGAGUCAAGGUCAGCGCCAGCUGGUCUCGCUCGCUCGGGCUCUCUUGACACCCAGCAACAUCCUUGUUCUGGACGAGGCAACCGCCGCAGUUGAUGUGGAGACCGACGCUUUGUUGCAGCGAACCCUGCGCAGCAGCAUCUUCUCGGAUCGCACAAUCAUUACCAUUGCGCACCGUAUCAACACGAUCAUCGACUCUGAUCGUAUCGUGGUUCUUGAUAGGGGUACUGUGGCGGAAUUCGACACACCAGCGGAGCUGAUCAAGAGUGGCGGCAAAUUCUACGAACUUGCCAAGGAGGCUGGCUUGCUUGAAGGCGACAGUCUCGCCAGCUCUUCGCAAAUAGCGUAA